UAAAAAAACACAAAAAAAAGAAGAAACAAAGAAAUAAAAUAAAAUGAAAGUGUUUUUAUUUACUGUGUGUGUCUGUACGAUACUUGUGACGGGUAUGGCAAAACCUCAGCCUCUACCCCAACAUCGUCCCAAUAAUGUCAACAUUAUACCGAAUGACGAAAAGGUCGAUCAUCAGUUGAGACGUGAAACCUCCACAUGGAUUCCCAUUUUAAAAUACAACAAAGAACAAAGUGAAGAUGGCAGCUACAAGACCGAAUACGAGACUGGCAACAAUAUCAUACACGAAGAGACCGGAUUCCUUAAGGAUUUCUCCGAGAUCAAUCCGAAUGGCGUGCUGGUACAACAUGGCCAAUAUUCGUACCAAUCACCCGAAGGCGACACCAUUAAUGUUCAAUAUACCGCCGAUGAGCAUGGUUUCCGUGCCACAGGCGAUCAUAUACCCACACCACCAGCUAUACCCGAUGAAAUUCAAAAAGGUCUGGAUCAAAUCUAUGCUGGCAUUAAACUGCAACAGGAACGUUUGGAGCAACGAGCCAAAAGUGAUCCAGAAUUUGCCAAGAAAUUGGAGAAUCAACGUGUAGCCAAUCAAAAUGGUCAAUAUGUUGGUCCUUUAGAAAAUCCCUAAAUAAUUGGGCAUCUAUAUUCCCCCUAGCCCCCAACUAUUGUUAAAACCUACUAAUUACCUUUUUCCAUUUCUUGUUGAAAAUCCAUUUCAUCUGAACCCUUGUCAUUUAUACAUAGUAAUUUUGUAAAUUUAAAUAAAACCUAAACUUAACAAUUAUUAUUUAAACAUAAAAACAAACAAAAGAAAAGAGAAACUUAAAGAAAGAAAUUAAAGAGAAUCAAAUCGAAACGAAUUGAAAUUAAAUGAAAAGAAACGUUUUCAAAAUGAACCAACAAAGACUGUGAUUUGUAAUAAGUUUUGGUGUUGCAAGUGUACGAGAAUCCUAAUUUUAUUUAAUUUUGUUUUUCUUCUUUCAAAUACAAAAUUCAACAUCUCCCGUUUGCCACAAAUAAUUUUAUAUGUAUGAGUAUUUGCAACAAGAGUAUCUAUUUAUCAAUCUAUCAGUGUAUGAGUAAUUUUUUUUAUGUUUGUAUUUAUUUUCUUUCCUAUGAUGUACUAUAUAAAUAGAUAUAACAAAAAGUAUUUUAAAAAUGUGUGGAAAUAAUCUGGUUUGUAACUUUCAACUACUUAUUAACACAACAUUUUUCACUUAUCUGCAAUUACUAAUUAUCUGUGUAUUUACGAUCAAUAUACUGUAUGUAUGAGCAUAAAUAUUUAGUUAAACAAAAUAAAGAAAUAAACAAUAAACAAUAAAAUUAAAA